AUGGCAAAAGUUCAGGGCAUUUCUUCACUUUUCUACCAUACCCCUCGGUUAAUCAGUGGGCUAGCAGGAGGAGGAAGCUCGGUACUGCGCCAGCGGGUUAAAAUUCAAGAUCAUCCAACCCCAGAGGAGCCAAAGGAUGCACUCGACCAAUCAGAACCGUCGAAAGAGCCUGGUGGAUCUAAACCAUUGGUUGAUCGUUCCUUGGUGCGAAGAGACAUCCGCGCCUUUUUAAAAGAGUGUGGUGGAACCCCAGCAGAGGCACGCUAUUGGCUAUCACAGUUCCACGAGAUGCACUCCACUUAUAAGAAGGCUUUUGCUGUAGUUGAGGUAAGUUAUUUAGGAUAUUGGAAAAAUGUGGAGCGUUUAUACACCAGAAAGAUAAUUACAAUAGGUUGACAAAAGUGGUACGAUAACUUAUCUUAUACAUUUAACAAUGUUUAUUUUCGAAGUUCGAAAAAUAAAAUUAAAUGUAGAAAUCCACACUUCUUUAUCCUGUAAUUCGGGUUCUGCUUUUUAACUCCCUCAGUUAUAGUUAUGAGCUCUGCUUAUUGCACCUAUCAGUAAGCAUUGGUAAAGCAUACAGAGGAGAAGAAAUUAAACACUGUUUCUAUUUCUUCUCCACAUUUGCAUUGUGUGCCAUGCUGGUGCCAAGACUGCACUGGAAAAUGCUGUAAUUUACAGAAUUUGUAAUCUAGAUUUAAAAAACCAAAUGGAACAUCACAUGGAAACACAUUAACACCAGCUGUAGGUAACUAACAACGUUUUAUUCAAUGGUGCAGCCUCCAGAGAAGUGAUGGUUUCUCUUUAAUUUAAACAUAAGGAGAUGCAAUGAUUAAAUAUAAUUUUAGGUAUAUAUGUAAUGUGUGCUUGACACAGUGUAAUAAAUCAAUGACUAAUACAAAGAAACUAGUCCUGCGCUCAAACUCCCAUCACUCCUGGGCGGCAGCAACGACCAUAAUACACAUCAGCCAAAAUACAUAUAGUAAAAAACAAAUAAAAAAGUUACCUGCGCUCUUUCCACAUCCCAAUGUAUUUUUAAACAAAUUGAGGUUUUUAGUUACCUCCAAUGGCCAUGAGAGGGUAAGCCCACCUGCCACAUCAAGGCAGACCUCUUAGGUGGGUCCUACUCUAACCAUUCACCUUGCUUCCUUAAGCUUCAGGCAAAAAUAUGUCUAAUUAGACAGAAAGGGGUCUGUUUUAUAUACAUCCCCACAUGCUUAUUAACCCUUAAUAGGGAAGACAUGGGAUGGGCAGCAGCAUUGCAAUAAAUAAAUGAGUUGAUGGCAGGAGUGUGUCGGCCACUGAUAUACAAAUGGCUCAAUACAGCAACAACAACAACAACAACAAAAAAUGUGAUUGUGGAACAUAAUCAACCCCUUAAGGACCAAACUUCUGGAAUAAAAGGGAAUGAUGACAUGUCACACAUGUCAUGUGUCCUUAAGGGGUUAAAAUACAAACUUGCACAUGCGUAUACCUAAAACACUAACUGCAAUUCCAUUUACCCGGGGCAAUACUAAGGGGUUUAUUCACUAAAUAACAAAUUGUAGAGUACUGUAAACGACAUUGCUAAAAUAAAACCUUUCCAACUCAGUUUUGGACAGACAGAUAUUUCAGCCUAUUAAAAAGUUUGAUUUUAAAACGACGGUAGACUUACAGAACUAUGACAAAAACAGAUUCACUAUUAAAAUAUUAUCAUCAUCAGGACUGAGUUUAAAUGGUUCACAGUGCAAAUACUACAUUGCAAUCAGGCAUUUUUUUUUUAGGCCACCUCUGCUGGGAGUGAAGUCCAUGUAUCCAAAACUCAUUCUGCAAGUUAGCAAAUUCUAGAAUAGGCCGCUGGUGAAGGAGUUCAAAGGAUGCUCUAUUUCUCUCACCCUCCGUUCUGGGAAAUACGGUUCUGGUUGUACUUUGCUCAAUGUUUUAAUGUAUGUGACCUUACUGUCAUAUCCUUAUCUGGACAUUUUUAGAAAGAAAUACCUCCAUACUCAGCACUAAUAUUAGCACACAGAGACACCGAUUCACACACAGACAUGCAGAUAACCUGCAAACACGGUAUAACAAGGGCAUCGAGUGGAACAUUUUCUUGGUUUCCCUGGGAAUUGCGCCACUUUUUGAACUUUGCAUCAAAACUAGACUGUAUAAAUAACUCCCCAAAUGCUAAAGGAAAUAUCACAUUGAUAAAACAAUUAAGGGUUUAUUCAGUAACAAUAAAUUGCAGUGAAUUAAGAACCAAAAUUGAAAAUGAAGACAAAAAUAACCGAUUACUGUGUUAUAUAAAUCCUAAAUAUUAAAUCAAUUAUUGAAUUUAAGAUUAUAUGUAAGGGUUACUAUAGACCUCAUAUAACUAUAGACCUCCGAUAGGCAAUAUUUACAGCCAAUUAACCAAAAGUGUUUUUUCUUUUUAACCAUAUGGAUCUUAAAUAGUAUCUAAACACAAGGAAUUUGUGUAACUCAUGGGUAGUCAACCUGGUCCCUACUGCCCACUAGUGGGCGGUUUGGGAUUUCAGGUGGGCGGUUGUGGGUUCUGCAGAAAACGCCCGGUGGGCCUCGAUAGCCAUGGAGCAAGGCCAGCAGGGGAUAUCCUUUCAUCUCCCCUGCUGGCCUAUGCAUAGCCAGCCUUGCUGUAAGCCCUCUUGGGCUGGUGAAAAGAACAAAGAUCUCUUUCACCGGCCUGCUGGCACUUAGUUCCAGCAGAGGGAGGGAAGGGCCUGGGAGGCUCUGUGUUUUUCCCGCGAGCUGGCUGGUUGGAGUGUUGCCACGUUUUACCACGGCAACACUCUGAUAUAGUGCUGUGCUCGCAGAAGGACAGGAGAGUCCACCUGCAGCCGGAGGAGCCACCACUGGACCACCAGGGCUUGCAGCAUUAUAUCCCCCCAUCCUGGUAAAAGGUAAGAAGAUGGGAGGGGAGACAAUUAGAUAGAUUUUCACAUCUCACCCACCUACGCACAGCAUAUACCCUAUGCACCCCUCACAUACACUCCACCCGUCACACAUAUACAGCACCUCUAGCACACACAGUGCACCCCUUGCACACACUGCCCAACCUCACACACACUGCCCUCUCACACACACAGAACCCUUCACACAUACACAUCACCUCUAACACACACUGUCCCCCCUCACACACACUGCACCCUUCAUACACAAUGCCCCCUCACAUACUCUACCCUUCACGCACAUACAACACCCCUCACACAUACACAGCACCCUUCACACUACACCUCUCUCUCUCACACACACACAGCACCCUUCACACACACAGCACCCUUCAUACACAAUGCCCCCACACACACAUACAGCACCCCUCACACAUACACAGCACCCUCCACACACACACACACACUAAACCUCUCUCUCUCACACACACAGCACCCUUCACACACACAGCACCCUUCAUACACAAUGCCCCCACACACACAUACAGCACCCCUCACACAUACACAGCACCCUCCACACACACACACACACACUACACCUCUCUCUCUUACACACACAGCACCCUUCACAAACAGCACCUCACAGACACACACAGAAAAAAGUAGAAUAGAAAAUAGAAAAAAAGGAAACAAAUAGGUGAAUUUAAGUACAUUUUUAAAAAACCUUUCUAUAAAAAAUAAAUAAAAAUUAUCUCACUUGUACUAUAAAAUUAGUUACUGUGGCACUGGUGGGCGGUAAGGAAGUUUUACCAUCAACAAAGAUGCAAAACUGGGCGGUAGGUAAUAAAAUGUUGACUACCUCUGCUUACAAUGCAUCCAGUAAUUAAACUUCUCCUACACCACUCAAAUAUAUAGAGUCUGGGAUCCACCAUAUAACCGUCCAGCCCUACGCAUGCAUUGAGCUUUAACAUUACUGCCCUACGUGGUAGAAUGCAAACACUUGGUAAAGAACUGUCUCACAUCAACUCUUAUUCCUUUCAGGUGGAUGAGAAUGUCUUUAGCUGCAAGAGGUCCCUUGUAAGCCUGGGGUUUGCACUUUCCUUUCUCCAGCGGAUGGACAUGAAGCCUCUCGUGGUGAUGGGUCUACCCAGUACGUACUGUGCCCGUCCGUCUGUCCAAGAAACCAAGUCCUUGCUUGUCCACAACUGCCAAACCCUGGUGGACACCCUGAAUAAAACCUCCGGCACUGCUUUGCCUUUCUUUAAUGGGGGAUCUGUGCUACGCUCUCAUGAAGUGGAUGGCUGGUAUGGUUUGACAAAAAGUCUUCUUCGCUUUCCCUUAACCACCUGUUUGUGUCCUUGCCUCUCACAAUCUCUUUAAAAAAAAUUAAACUGAGAUACUUUUCCCAGUCUUUUAUGUGUAUCUUUCUAUAUUUUACUGUGUAUAGUCUACUUACAUCAUUUCAUAGUAUGUUUAUUUCCUAAUCGGAUUUAGAUUAUUUUUAUUAUUAUUAUUGAUUGCCUUCUGCAUGUUUCUCUUUUUGAGUCCGUUUUACAUUCCUCUUCCCCUUCCUGAUUUCUAGUCCAUUAACUUACACCAAUGUAUUUCUUUCCUGAAAUUUUUCCUGUCCCUGGAAAAGAUACAUAAUUUAUAGUAGCAAACUCUGUUCUAUUUCUAGUUAUGGCUCAGUGUCAGGAGUGGAUACUGAACUGCUCAUCUGGUGCCUCGACUCAGGGAAUAUUCCCAUCAUCUGCCCCAUUGGUGAGACUCCUUCAGGUCACUCAAUCCUUCUUGACUCUUUAGAAGUAACUGCCAACAUCUCCCGUGUCCUGCAGCCACUAAAGAUCAUCUUCCUUAACACUGUGGGUGGAUUGAAAGACUUGAGUGAAAAGGUGAGGAAGUCAUCCUUCAUGUCCUUAUACUGUCCUUAGUUGAGAAUGGUAACAUAUGCUCUAAUAGUUUAGGAACUUAUUCACUAAGUGGAUGAGUCCACCAUAUGUGAUAAUUCUUGGAUGGCAUCCAAAGCAUUGUCUAUAUGAACACUCAUUAAACUUAACAUAGGGACAACUUGGCCUACGUCACUACAUUUCCAAACCCAUCCAGUUUAUUGGGAAGAUCAUUGAUAGUUACCUUUUAAAGUUCAGCUCAUGAAAAACCCAUCAACGUUCAAGAGAUCUGACUAAGUUCAACUGCAAUGUCAAAACAUGCUUUGAAUGGCCCCAGAUAGCCACAACAAGGUCUGUUGGUAAAUGGUAUAUCAAGCUAUAGAAACUCAUAGAAGAAUCAGUUGUGGAAUCCUAAACAGGGAACUCGAUGACCUUUCUCUCUCACCAGAAUACUUGUAACGUCUGGUUCUCUAUUAUCUGCAGGUUAUGGGACUUGUGAAUUUACCAGCUGAUUUGGAACUGAUGAGGAAUGCAUCCUGGAUGAGUGAUUGGCAGCGGCAGCAGGUGACAGUAAUUGUGGACUUACUGAAUAGACUACCUGCAUCUUCCUCUGCAGUCAUCACCUCAGCAAGAUGUCUCCUCAGUGAACUUUUCAGCAACAAAGGUUAGAAUGUAGCAUGUCCUUUGCAACUCUAUAUCGAACUGCCACAUUAACAUUUUUGAGCCUCAUUUUUAAACUAGAACCCAAAAUACAGUUUAGUCUAGUGUGGGCUCAAUUGGUUGAGAAAGGAGCUGCAUUGGCCCCAACCACAUAAACGUCUUUCAAAGAACUCUGUCAAAUUCUAUUCAACACAUAGGGAACCUUUGUUUGGCUAAAUCUGUGCACGUGUGACAAUAAAUUUAUAUAAAUGUGUAUGUAUUAUGUACCUUUGUAUCUGAUAUGUAUAUGGAAUGUGUGUAUGUUACUAUAUAGGUUAUUGGUUUUGUGAAUGAACAGAUAGUGUAAGUGACUGAAAAGAUGGGAGGCGCAGGCACUUAUAGAUAAUUCUGCUUUAUAGCCUUGGUCCAUAAACAAGAGCACAUCCAUUGUUCAGUGAUGGGAUGGUGGAACAAACAUAUUGCAUUAUAUCUUAAUUAUACUAUACAGCAAUGCUUUAGACGUAUUAUCAGUGUAACAAAACCAAAUUACAUAUCUGUUUGACACAUAGGGUCAGGAACGUUGUUUAAGAACGCAGAACGCAUGCUGAGGUUCGACUCCUUAGAGGAAAUCGAUACUGAGCGUUUAGUCUCAUUGGUUAACCGGUCUUUCCAGAAGAAGCUGAAAGAGGAUUAUAUCAAAAGUGUGGGAUCACGCCUGAAUUCGGUGUAUCUUUCAGAAGGGUAAGUCCGCUAAACCAUAAGGAACUUUCAGAUUACUUGGAAUGUGGGAUUAAACAGAUGGAGGAAUUACAAGACAAGACCAUUGGGUGGGUGUAAAGCAAUGAGUUAGUUGGUUAAUGCUCUGACUGUACGACAAGCUCACAUGUCUUAUAAAUGAGGUUACUGGAAGUGUCCUGCAUUGGAUUCUUGAGAAGUGAUUGAGUCAUAAUACGAAGUUAAGGAGGUAAUAAAAUAUGAAAUUAAAGAAGUGAUAAAUUGAUAUUUUUCCGCAAACAAAGUUAAUUAAGGAAAAUAUGAACUGCGGGGAGUGGAAGACGAAGGAAAUGCAAUCUGUGAAAUGUCUCUGUAUAUCACUACUUGUUUAUGCCUGAAGCUAGAAUGAUAUUGUUUACGUUGAGCUUCACAAUCCUUAUGGAUAGUGAUCGGUUAAAGUGGUCCAUUAAUUAGCACCAUAAACAAUGAAUUUUUAUAGUGACUGCUCGGAGCGAAAUGCAUCAGACAAGAUUGAAGUUCUGUAGUGAUAUUCUUUAUGAACUGAAUUAUUACAUGACUCAUACAGAUUGCUGCUAAUCUGGUUGCUAUAUUAGGUAUUUGAUAUUUCCCAACUGAUCAAGACAGAGGUUUUACAAAAUGUUUUGCCUUGUUGUGGAGAUAGACCGUGUAGACCCUUGGCACUCCAAUAUAUCACAGCAAUCUUAGCCCUCGAGGACUAGAAUGACAAAUGCUGCCAAGUUCCUUGUUGCAUACAAACACUAACCCUAAUUUCUGCUUGUGUAGGUACAACGCAGCUGCCAUUGUUACUACAGAACCAGUGCUCGGAGGCACGCCAUAUCUGGACAAGUUUGUUGUCAGUGCGGGAAAACAAGGCCAUGGCUCUGGGCAGAUGUUAUGGGAGUGCCUCAGACAGGACCUACAAACACUGUUUUGGAGAUCGCGAGCCACCAACCCAAUAAACUCAUGGCAAGUUGAGACCAGUUAUAAAGUGUCAGUGGCAAAGAAUAAGGAAAGGCCAUGUAAUGAACCGAAACAAAACCUACUUAUUCACUCUCAACCACUCCCUUAAAGGUUGUUUAGGUCCCACAGCAAAUGUUAAGACAAAGAUUAGAAGGAUACUAUAGUGCAAGGGUUUUCAAUUUUUCCAGUGGAACCCUUUGAAAUAGUGUAUCACCAUCGUGGAACCAACCACUCCCCUCCACCCGCCUCCCCUGGGUAAAAAAAAAAGUGCACCAUUUUUUUGUGUGUGUCAGUGUGUCUAUCGGUGCUUGUAUGUGCAUGUGUAUAUCUGACACACAGAUACACACACAUACUAGCACAUAGAUACGCACACCUUGACACACAGAAUGUGUGUGUGUGUAUGUAUGUAUCUGUGUGUAUCUGUGUUUGUAUGUGUCUAUGUGUCAAGGUGUGUGUGUAUCUAUGUUUCAAAGGAGCUGAGCAGGGAGAUCGCUGCUCCCUCGCCGCCCGCGGCCAUUUUCUUUUUAAAACUUUUGUCGGAACCCCAACACCAAUUGGGAAAUGCUGCUAUAGUGUUAGGAAUACAAACCUGUAUUCCUAACACUAUAGCUCCCUCUGCCUCCCAACUCCCGCCCAGUUAACACUGUUUUAUUUUAGAAUGGCAUCAUGGGACAUGUAGGUCCCCAAUACAAUACUUAUACAACAUACAAAACCUACUGAUUGCCCCUCGGAUUGGCAAAAAAAAUAAAAACAAAUAAAAACAAAUUUGAUUGAAUACCUAGUAUCAAGGUGGGAAGCUGGCCAUAAAAGAAAGGAAUGUAAUGCCUGAUACAAUGUUCAUAGUUAUAUUGUUAUUGACAAUGUUUAUUGUUACCUACAGGUAUUUUAAGAACAGUGAUGGCAGCUUCUCCAACAAGCAGUGGAUUUUCUUUUGGUUAGGACUUGCAGACAUCAGAGAUUCUUAUGAACUGGUGAACCAUGCUAAAUGCCUACCUGAUUCCUUCUGCAAACCUGUUCAGUCAUGA